GAGCCUCCCGCCUGCUGAACCACAUCGCCGCUCAGACGCAGGUGGAUCCUGGACAGAGAAACUCAGGAGAAACGUGGAGCGUGUGAAACUUGGAUUCAUCCUAGACGUGUGAAGACGGGGAAGAUGGAGAGACGUGUGCGAACCGGAGAGAAGAUAUCAAGUCCUCCUCCGUAGGGUUCAAAGGUUAACUCAUAGACAACCAGACAAACACCAUCAGGAGGAUGUUUGGCCUUUUCUUUGAAGCAACAUGGAGAAGGCGGCUUUGUUUCCAUCCAGUCAUCUUCUUUUUCCUGGCAGCAGCCGCUCCACCCACAGUGGACGGAUAUUUCCUCAGAGACAUUAAGGCAGUAGUAAAUGGCUGUGAAGACCACUGGGCCCUUCGGGACAGGAUCUCCAUCCCAAGCCUUUCCCAGAUGACUGUAUGUGUGAAUAUUCGCGUGGUUGUCCCUGGACCCUGGGUGGCCUUUUCUUACAGCUCAGUCCGGACACCAAACCCCAAUUUAGCUCUUGAAGGGGACGACAAAACAAUUUAUGGAUGGUUACUGCAAGUCCAGCACCGGUUUCCGUUCAAGAUGUCCCCAAUGGAGUGGCACAGGGUGUGUCUAAGGAGGGACGUACGGAGAAAUAUCUUCAGCCUGGAGGUUGAUCACGUCAUGGUAGCAGAGAGGACGGUCAUCGCUCAGGCCAUCCCUCCGUCUGGUUCCCUGUGGCUGGGCUGCCAUCAGAGAAACCGGUCACCUGGAGGUGCCGUGGGAAAGGUGGAGCUGUACCUUUUCCGCAUGUGGGCAGACCUGGGUGAACACAGGUCCUGCGAGGACGGAACUGUGACUGGCUGGGAUGGAGACCACUGGGAUGUUACCAGUCCCAACGCCAAAGAAACGGACCAUUCUCUUCCAUGUGACCACAAGAGAUUGAGACGAGAUGCAAAUCCAAGCAAUGCUACAGCUAGUAGUGUGGAUUCAGUCAUUACCAGUGAAGCAGGAAGCAGUCGAGUGUUUCCCGCAGAGACCGGUUCCUCAGACAUCACGUCUCCAGCAGCAGUGAGGACCACAACACCUGAUAAAAGUCCAGCCAAUCAGGUCGCACUAAGCACCAGCGUUCAUCCAAUCACAGCUCUGCCUGCAGAACGAAGUACAACUGCAGGAUUAUUCACAUCAGGAACUCUAGUCACCUGCAACAUCAGUCAAUUAUGUUCCAACAAAAAUGCUUACUACUGGAUUCCCAUGAGUGUGAAAUCUGAGCAAAGCAAUAAAACCGAACAGGACCUCAGUAAUCUGGUGUCAGAAGCUUUUGAUUGUAAAAACACCAGCAAUGAGGGAGGAUUCGGCCACUUCUGUAAAGCUAACGGACAACUUCAGGUCAUGGAAGUGACUUGCAGAGCAAAAGCUGCUGCCACUGAAAGCCAGACGUUGUGCAACGUGCUGCUGCUCCUCAGCCAUGCGGUGUCGCCGUGCGACCUGCAGCACGUGCUGCAGCGCGCCAGAGGGGCGCUGCAGGCAAACAUCACCGGGAACGUGGAGAGAGUCGGAAGAACGCUCUGUGAGGACGGGUUGCCCUCUAGUGGUGACUUUGUGCGCUGCACGUCCACGUCGUCUCUGGAUGAAAUCUGCAGGUCGAACAGGACCUCUGACAUCUCCUGUUCUGUCUUAGAGACAAACUCUGUGGAGGCUCCACAACAGACGCCAAACUCCUGCAGCGGGACGGUGCCUCGUUUCUGCAACUGCUCUGCUUUCUGUGAAACUGAGAGGCAGCUUUAUGCUAUAAAAAUCAAAAUCACCAGUAAUAUGACAGUUAUCCACCUCAGAGACUUGUUGUUAAAAUCUAACAUCCUCUCAGUGUGCACACCGAACUUACAGGGGGAAAACUGUUCAGACAUCGUAACAAAACACACGGGCACUCAUCUGGAAUGUUACGGGGAAAUUAAUCGGAGGUUCUACAGCUGCAUGGUGGUGCUGGAAAUGUCCGGACCCGUCAACAGCUGCUCCCUCAGUAAACUUGUGAAACUCCUCAUUGACAAGGAAGAGUUCAUAACGACCGACGGCUCACUGUCUCGAAUGAUGGUGUGUGGUGGCGCUCCGGAUUUGUCUGGUCCCGCCCUGUUGGCGUCCAACCUGAAGUGGAGUAAAGCUGACCUGCUUCCCUCUGACGUUUGUCAGCCUGGCUCCACUCUGAUAAAAUGUGAAGCUAAUGAGACUCUUGCUGUUCUCCUGGCGGACAGUUGCCCUCCAGUUCCUCAAACAACAAGCCCAACUCAGACUAACAGCCUCACUUCACCAACAUCUGUGACCCACACGACUGCAAACGCUGAGCAAAAACAGCUGACAUGGUCUCCAAACACAAGUUUCACUCCACCAAACAACUCAACAAUGCACAACUUAACGUCAGCUGCAGAAUCUUCCAAGAAUGCCACGGUCCACUCCGAAAUAUCAACCAAUCAAACAGUGUUUACUACAGCUAGUUUGAGUGAAACAAAAAACUACAAUGGAUCUACAACUGGACCAAUCCACAAGCAGACAACAGCAACUACAACAAGCCUCGUUACAUCCACUAAAACUACAACAAAGUCGCCCCCCAGUUAUGCACCUGUACCUUCAACCAGUGUCCUACAAUCCAAUGAAACAAGAACUUAUAGUGCAACUUCAUCCACUAAAACUACAACAAAGUCACCCCCCAGUUAUGUACCUUCAACUAGUGUCCUACCAUCCAACGAAACAAGAACUUAUGGUACAACUACAUCCACUAAAACUACAACUGAACUGCAUCCCAGCUAUGCAACUGUACCUUCAACUAGUGUCCUACCAUCCAGUGAAACAAGAACUUAUAGUGCAACUUCAUCCACUAAAACUGCAACAAAGUCGCCCCCCAGUUAUGUACCUUCAACCAGUGUCUUCACUUCCAAUGAAACAAGAACUUAUGGUGCAACUUCAUCCACUAAAACUACAACAAAGUCGCCCCCCAGUUAUGUACCUUCAACCAGUCUCCUACCAUCCAAUGAAACAAGAACUUAUGGUACAAUUUCAUCCACUAAAACUACAACUGAAUCACACCCAAGUUAUGCAACUGUACCUUCAACCAGUUUCCUACCAUCCAGUGAAACAAAAACUUACGACACAUCUACUGUUACACCCUCCACCAGUCGCUUAGCAGUGUCCAACGUAACUACACUGAAUGUCUUUACAAGCAGUGGAGCAAAAAACAAUGAUGGAAAUACAGCAAACAAUGAAAGUACCAAAAGCAACAUAGCAGCAAAUACUACAAGUAACACCAGUCCUCCAUCUUUGACAAACAUACAAAAUGUAACAUCUCCAACCCAUCCUCCAGUAAAACUGGAAAAUGUAACUACAGAGACUAACACUCUUUUAACAGCUGUUGUUUCAGAUUACACAAAGCCAUAUGCAACACCUAGCAAUGAUCAAACAACUGCCUACAAUGCUAGAACACCCGACAGAGCAGAACAUCAUGUAGCAACUCCUAGCAACAAUAGCACUAUAAUUCAUUAUGAUACAACACCCAGCAAGAAAUACACAACAGAGCUCAAACUCACAAACCCCAACAACACAACAGACGAUAGCACUAUAACAUCCAGCAACAGUCACACAACUGAAAACAUCAACCACACAACAGACUCUAAUGCAACAGCACCAGGCAACAACUACACAGCAGAGUUCAAUGCCACAAAACACAACAAUCAGACAGCAAUCCAGAAUGCUACAACACCAACCAACCAUUACACAACACCCAGCAAUUCCACAACACUCACUGACAAUCAAGCAACUGUAGAUGAUUCCACAAUACCCAGCAACAAUCACACAACACUCUAUGCUACUAUAAAACCCAACAACAAUUACACAACAAUCCACAAUCCUACAACACCCAGCAACAAUAACACAACACCCUCCAAUCCUACAAGCAACAAUAACACAGCACUCUACAAUGCUACAACACUCACUGAGCGUCAAACAACUUUAGACAAUCCUACAACACUUGGCAACAAUAACACAGAGCUCUAUAACACUAUAACACCCAGCAACAACCACACAACAUUCUACAAAACUACAACACUCACAGAUAAUCAAACAAUUGUCUACAAUGCCAGAACACCCAGCAACAUUCCCAAAACACCAAACAAUAACACAACAUUCUAUAAUGCUACAACACUCGCAGACAAUCAAACAGUGGACAAUGCCACAACACCCAGCAUCAAUCACACAACACUCUUUGCCACUAUAAAACCCAACAACAAUUACACAACAAUCCACAAUCCUACAACACUCAGCAACAAUAACACAGCACUCUACAAAGCUACAACACUCACUGAGCAUCAAACAACUUUAGACAAUCCUACAACACUCAGCAACAAUAACACAGAGCUCUAUAACACUAUAACACCCAGCAACAACCACACAACAUUCUACAAAACUACAACACUCACAGAUAAUCAAACAGUGGACAAUGCCACAACACCCAGCAUCAAUCACACAACAUCGUCCAAUCCUACAACAAGCAGUCAUAAUACAAUGUUCUACAAUGCUACAACACUCACUGACAAUCAAACAACUGUAGACAAUUCCACAUUAUCCAGCAACAAUCACACAACCUACAAUGCCACAACACCCAGCAACAUUCCCACAACAUCAAACAAUAACACAACAUUAUAUAAUGCUACAACACUCACAGACAGUAAAGCAAAAGUAAUCAAUGUCACAACAACCAGCAACAAUAACACUAUGUUCUACAGUACUACAACACCCAGCGAUAACCACACAACACAACAGUCCCACAACAACCAGCAAUAA